AUGCCUUCUUCCCGCCAGAUCAUCUCGGCCUUCGCCGCCGUCGCCCUCUCCUCCGUUGCUGAGGCCGCUAUGGGCCCGGCCUUCAGCACUGGUCCUGUUGCUGAUGGCUCGUGGAUCCGCGAAGCCACUUCCACCCUCGUCCUGCCCAAGGUUCCUAGCAACAACCAGGGCGACGCCUCGCUCUGGGUGGGCAUGGGUACUUCCAAUGGCGAUCUGAUUCAGUCUAUUGCCGAAAAUUACGCCUCCGCAAAAUGGAGCGUCUAUGGCUACACGCUUCUUUCCACUGGACCUUCCUCGCAGAUGCCUGUGCAAACCGAGGGUCAUGAUGCGGCCGCCAGCGACAAGAUCACCAUGCACUACAAGUUCGACGACGACUCGGGCAACUACACCCAGAUCGUCUCCAUCAACGGCGAGCAGGUCGCCGAGCUGUCAACCAGCGAUGGCCACGCCCAGGGCUGGGGUAGCGCUGUUGAGUGUGCUGAGGAGAACUGCGGUACCAUGCCCGCUCACUCUUGGAUUGACACCAAGAUCAUACUCGAUAGUGCAGACCCGAACUACAUUAACACCAUGGGCAAGGGCCAGGGCGUCACCGGCGAGAUGAGCACUUCGGAUGGCGGCAAGACAUGGACUGUGACAACGAUCGAAAUUCCAGGCGAGUAA